CCUUCUGUGACACCUGUAUCUAGUACUAUAAAUCCAACAACAUCCCCUGAUCAGACGUCUGGACCUGGGACAACUCCAGUGUGCGAGUGCAGAGACGUGAUGCGGAAUCAAAGCUGGGGGUGCGGAGAAACGUGGAGAGAAAAUUGCGCCGAUAAAACCUGUGUGGCCGGAGUGAUAGAGGUAAAAGCCAUCAGCUGUCCCACAUCCCAAAUCAGAACGGACUGCCCCAGAAACAUGAUGUCGUUGGUCAGAGAUGAAGAGACUUGCUGCGAGAGCUGGAAAUGUGACUGCCAGUGUCAGGUUUAUGGAGACCCGCACUACAUCUCCUUCCAGGGCACAACCUUCGACUUCAUGGAGAACUGCACCUACACUCUAGUGGAGGAGCAACUCCUGAACCAAAGAUUAAGCAUUACUGUAGACAACUACUACUGCCUUCCGGAAAUCGAUGACUCCUGUUCCAGGGGAAUAACUCUAAACUACUGGAAUGAUGUUGUCACACUUAUGGUGACAGAGGAGUACACUGUGGAGUGUUCUUUAAACCAGGAGGUUAUCAUUCCACCGUAUGAAGAUCAGGUCUUCAGGUUUGAAAGCAGUGGUAGCGAGGUCUACAUCUACAUCAAACCUAUCCGUUCCUAUGUCUCUCUUACUCCUUUCAACAGUCUGACAAUCAGCCUGGCAGAAGAGUACUUCCAAAACAACACCCAAGGACAGUGUGGUGUUUGUGGUGGACCUUCAUGCAUGCGAAGGGAUGGUGUAGUUGAGGAAGACACCUGCUGCGAUAAGACUGCGUACGACUGGGUUGUAGAAGACCCUGAGAAGUCUUAUUGCAAAUCUGUGCCCACCAACAUUCCCUGUGUCCCCCCAACACCUCCACCUUCCACAAGCACAAGCAUGCCUCAUCCACCUUCCACAAGCAUGCCUCCACCUCCACCUCCCUGCAAUCCUACGAUAUGUGAUCUCCUGCAUCACGAAGUGUUUGAGGAGUGUGCUGGAAGGAUCGAUCUUACGUUCGUGGAGAAGAAUUGUCAAUAUGACUACUGCGCGUACAACAGAUCUGUGGGAGCCUGUUCCUCUCUGGAGUACGCCGCCUCAGAGUGCAAGAAGAUCGGUGUUUGUGUGGACUGGAGAGGCCUUACCAAUGGUUCCUGUGAGAUCAGAUGUCCUGGCGCAAUGGUGUACGAUGAGUGUCGCCAGUCUCCGAAUGAUGUCUGUCGAUCCGGGAUUCAAGUGCCUGCAACCGCUGUGGCUGGUCUGAGGUCAGGCUGCUUUUGUCCUGAAGGCCAGAUGCUCGCAGAGGAGCACAAGCAAAUCUGCGUGUCUCAUUGCACGAAUUGUAAAGGGCCACUGGGUGAGCCUAUGCCGGUGGGUGCAGUGUGGGAAUCAAACUGUCACAUAUGCACAUGCAAUAACCAGACCAGAACUGAAGAGUGCCGACCCAAACCUCCAGGACCCACUCCAGUGUGUGGCGCCUACUCCAGCCUGACCUCUGACUGCUGUGGAAACCAGAUCUGCGUUGAGAAGAUUUGCGAGUACAAUGGAAAGACGUACAAGGUGGGAGAUCGCUGGACAGACCCCUCUCAUCCGUGUGAGUCUUUCAGCUGCAGUCAAACAGGAACCGAAGUCGAGAAAACCGUGUGUCCAUUGCAAAGCUGUGCUGAGGAUUCACGAGUGUGGGAUGAACAUCAUUGCUGCUACUCAUGUAACGUAACAUGUUCUGUCAGGAUGACCAGGGUAAAUCUGACCAUCUCGAACUGCACACAGGAGGUUGAACUGGCCAGUUGUGAAGGACAGUGUGAGACCCAAAACAGAUGGGUUCCCACUAACGGGACGCUGCAGCUCGACCAGACACAUCAGCUCUGUGAGGAAACGGCUUCUGAGAUGAGAGAAAUCCUGCUGAACUGCGGUAAAAACUCCCAGAGUCGCUUCACAUACAGACACGCCACACGCUGCCAAUGCGGAGCCAAGCGUUAGCUUCACCUGUGUUAGUUAUCCACUAGUCAACUUUGAUGUGUGCGUGUUGUUUAUGUGAUAUCAAUAACGAAAUGCUGAACGUGUGGGAUGAUUUUAGUUUCAGAUUAAAUCUAUUAAACUGUACUUUAAAUGGAUGUAACAUUAUUCGCGUAUUAGCCAAACUGUAAAUGAUUCUGAUGAACGACACACGUUGUAUUAAUAAUGAUUAUUUCUGUAGCACUUCAGCUUAAGUAGCAAUUCUCACUAUUAACUAGUGGAUUAUUACUCGCUUAUUAUGAAGAUGUUUAUAAGCACUUGUAAAGUAUGGUCUUGUUUUACAUCCCUAAUACCUAAUAACCAUAAUAAGCAGAUAAUUAAGCAGAAAAUAGUAAUUUAUUGAGCUAAAAGUCUUAGUUAGUGGAUUAUUAAGAGCGGGAAUUGUUCCUUAAAAUGAAGUGUGACCAAAUAUGUGUAUUGAUUCAAGGAUUUCUGUAACCUGACAUCAGGUGUCCUCAGGUGUUUGUAAUCCACUUUAUGGAUUUGGUUUAAUUUUUGUAUUAUUAUAUUUUUUAUGAUGAUAAUUUGAUUUGAAAUCAAUCAUUAUAGCACAUUUUUGAAACAUGUUUGCUUUUAUAUGAUCUUCUUACGAAUAAAACACAACACAAACUGUUUGAAAAAAGCUA